GUCACCUCACAUUUUGUCAACAUCCACCAUCCAGCAGAAGGUAUCUUGAACGCCCAUAAUGGGUCAGUCUGAUGAAGGAUACAGGUCUCGCUGGCCUUUAGUCGCAUACGCAACAGAUGCUGUCCUGACGCCUUUCUACAUCGCAACCUCUCCAGCGUUUCUGCGCACCUACCUUCGCACCGCACUCGUCCUCCUCACGUCCUUUGUUCUCUUUGGCGUAGCCGUUCUAGCCUACACGACGUUCUACUUUUCCUACAUUCCCGUCCGAGGCGUCACCGUGCCCGUAUACCUACAAUACGACCUGCGCACCACCCCCGCCCUGCAUCAUGUCAACAGAAACUUCAAAACCUACAUGCCUUCCACGAAUCUAGUGAUAAAGUUCCCCUACGGAAUCGCGAACGUGGCAGGACUGGUCAGUCGCCAGAAGUACGAUGUCAGCGUCGAGAUGGUGCUCCCGCGCAGCGAGCGGAACCUCGAUGCAGGGAACUGGAUGCUUGGGCUCGAGAUGAGGGCGCCGGUCACCGUGGGAGGGGGCGUGAAGCAGAUGCUUGGAUACGGCGAGGAAUGGGAUGUCGAUGACUUCUCAGAGGGUGGGGAGGCUGGCACGGCUAAAGAGGGUGUCAGUGGGGGUCAGGGUUCCCCUGCAACUGAUGGUCUGGGGAACGUUGGGAAAGAGAAGGCAGUGGUUCUGGCGAGGUCGAGGAGACCUGGUAUAUUGACGUACAGGAGUUGGAUCACGGAGUUGGCGUGGAGGAUCGCGAGGAUGCCGAUCUAUGUGAUUGGUUGGGGGGAUGAGAGAGAGAAGGUUGUCGUCGGAAUGAUGGAGGGAGUCGAAUUCGACAAAGGGUGGAGGAAUAUUCCCGCGUCCGUGAGGUUGGAAGUCAGAAGUAAGACGCCUUUGGAAGUGUACAACGUCGCGGUGAAAGUCUCGGCCAGGCUUGAAGGUAUGAGAUGGGUCAUGUUCCAUUACAAACUCACCUCUUUGGUUGUCUUCACGGGAUUGUUCUGGAGCGUGGAGAUGGGAAUAUUGCUCAUGACCUGGGGACUAUUUUCCAUCAUGUUUGGCGGCAGACACGAAGAUGAAACGUCCAACCAUCGGAUCAAGAAAGAGAAACGCAUAAAGCUCGAAGGAGGUGACGAGGGUACAGUGACGCCCAAGACAGACGAUUCAUCCACCCCAUCAACGCCUCUAUCGGAUACGUCACGCACAUUCCCAACACUACCUUCACAACAGCCAUUGCAAUACAGCUCACCCUCAGAAUCCACAAGUCGGAAGAUCAAAGAGGAAGACAGAGGCACGCCGGCAUUAGACGACAUACCCACCAGAGCCACGGGGGCCGAAGCAGACGACGAAGAGGAGGAUGACGAUUUCCUGCUAGAAGAGCCGAUUUCGCCUUCUGCGGCCGCCGCAUUGACGGAUUCGGGGAUCGGCACGAGCAUGGAGAGUGCUAGGGAGGGUGACAAGGGGCUUGUUAGGAGGAGAUCUGGGAAGAGGGAGAAGUAGUGCAGUCAUUGUCUCGUAAGAAUGAAUAAAUAGU